GGAUGAUUACUCGAAACUCCCUCUCACGAGCGAGUCGAACCGACAUGGCCGAGUCUCACUUCCUGUCCGAGUCCGGAUCACCGAUUUCUCUUGGGCGUAUUUAUGAUCUUCUCCUCUCAGUCGGUUAUGCCGACGCCGUAAAAACCGAUAUAUCUGCCUCCGAAAAGCUCCGUUCAGGCAUCGUCUGGUGCAUCGCUGCCGUCAACGACGAAACCCUAACACACCUGGAGGAAAUUGAGAUUGAAAAUCGCAUUGGGGAAGCUCUGAGGUUAAUCGGUUGUCCACACCCUCUUGAAGCUUCUCAAAUUGAAACUCUAGACAUCAAAGCCAUUUUUCCCGUUGUACAGUGGCUUGUUAAUCGUGUUAGGACCUUACAAGAUGAUGACAGGGAUCAUGAGAAUCAAAAAGAGCUCGGGCUCGAUAUUAUGAACGAAAUUAAACUUCUACGAGAGAGAAUAGAUAAGGAAGGUGCUACUAUUGCUGUGCAGAAAUUGAUACCACUUUUGGGGUCGUUAAAGAAUCUGGAAAUGCAAGAAUCUGAAUUCCAGUCCAAUUGUAAUGUAAAACGCUCUGAACUGCAAGCUGAUAUUAUUGAAUUGGAGGGAAGAAUAGCAAGUGACUGGGAUGGCAAGAUUCCCUCUGAUAGUCUCAAUCAUUCUUUGGUUGAAUCUUUGGAGGAACUGCAUUCUGCAAAAAAGGAACUUGCAGCUAGAUGUAGGGCAAUUAUUGCUGUGAAGCGGCAGCUUGAUGACAUGCCAUCCCAAUCAGAACUCAUCCAGUAUGAACGCCGAUUUUCAGAACUGUAUGUCCAUAUCCAGAAAAAGCAUCGCCAAACUCGUAAAUAUUAUGGUACCUAUAAUGCUCUUUUGGAGAUAAAAGAACUGAUGCUAAAGGAAACAUCUUUAUUGAAUUCAAUAAGUUCCCAGUUCCAAGAAGCCAUUACUAAUGCUGCUGGUCGCAUGAAACUUAUUGAUUCCAUGGAGGGAAUUGUGAAGAGCAGUCAACAGAAACAAGAAAAGGUCCAACUUGGGUUUCAAGAAGAGCAGAAGAUUUGUGAUGCUCUCAAACAGCGAAAUGCUGCUGCUUCUGCAGAGCAAAGACGCUGUUACACUCUGUUAAAAGCUUUCCAGGAGGAAUGCGCAAAGAAUGAAAAACUGCGCUGCCAAAGUUGUACAUAGUGCUUACCUGUUGUGUGAAGGAAGAGGAGGUGAUUAGUAUUGCAGGUCAAAUUUCUAUGUGAGUUCUGUUAUUUUCUCCUGUUUUUGCUGUAUAGAUCUGUAAUUUUUAUAAACAAUCGAUGAAGCUGGCUUCAUUAUUUAUUA